GACAAUUGCUAGAGAAUUACCCUUUGACCCCAUUCACCAUCCCCGGGAGGAAAUUACUGUUGAGUCCCCACACUCUUUCCAAUCCUAACGAACUAUUUUAACUACUAAAACAACUCGCUAUUGCGGCAUUGCCAGUUGUUUCCUUCCUUUCUCGGCUUCCAAGUAACUGAAACACAGAUAGAUCUCCGGCCAACAAUGGCUUCUUCUUCAAUCCUCGCCAAAAACGCUCUGCUGUAUCUCCAGUUCACGCUAUCCUUCCUGCUGGCCGCUUCCUUCUCCGUGGCGGAGGAAGUAGUGGAGCUGGAGCAGGUCGUCGGGAAUUCGGAUCAGAGAGAGUUUGAUUACUUCGUGCUAGCUCUCCAAUGGCCCGCCACUUACUGCCGAUUCAGCAAAAAAUGCUGCCGCCAGAACGCUUGCUGCCGAGGGGAAAACUCCCCAACUGAAUUCACAAUCCAUGGCUUAUGGUCCAACUACAAUGACGGAAGCUGGCCAUCCUGCUGUGGUGGCUCCAACUUUAACGAAAAAGAGGUGACGACUGAUCCUACUUGGUUGGUUUGUCGUCAAUUUAAGAGCCAUGAAUUAUGGAUAUGGUAUCAAAACUUCUGUCCUGAGUUCUGGUCUCCUCGACAUUAUAACCAAGGCAAGUUCAAGCCUAAUGGUUGGCGUUCAAGGGGGGCGAGUAUGGGAAUAGAAGUAUCAGAAGAUUCAUUCUUUGCUCCUCUUCCAAUAGUUUGAGUUAUUGAGAUGAACUGGGUCUUUACAGAACGCCAUUUGGGUUUUCGAUGGAACUGUGAUUAUCUGUUGCAGCUACGGAGAUUAUCUUGUUUGAUUGCAUAGGGUUGUUAAUCUACCUUGUCUAUCAUGUUUCAGAUAGAAACAUUGCUUGAACCUCUGCACAAGUUUUGGCCAACUCUGAGCUGUGGGAAGUCGUCAACCUGCCAUGGGGUGAAAGGAUCUUUCUGGGCACAUGAGGUUGUUUCUCUAUUCGAGUCUCGCUUUUCCCACCCUAACUUCAUCCUCUCUACUUUGGUUCGAAACUAACUGUGCUUCCUUUCCUUGGCUCCAUGGUGGCUAAUUCGGCGUAUGACAACUCCAAAAGUGGGGUAAGCUAUUCACAAAUAGUCAUUUGCGCAUCAUUGAUAAUCAAGUUACAAGUUUUUACUGUGAAAUAAGGCAGAUCAUAUUACUGCGAAACAUAGUUUAAAUAUUUUAUAUAAGUGAGGUUUGCUGUAGAAGUUCAUGUAGUCUUAAAAGGUAUGCAAAGGCUAGUUAUUGAUUGAAAAUAGAUUGCCAUAGUUGGUCACCACCUAUUUGCUACUUUAUCUUCUUUCCAUUUUGCUUGCAGAGAAGCAUGGGACGUGCUCUUCAUCUGUUGAUAGUACUAGAGAUGAAUACAACUAUUUCUUGACCGGUCUCAAUGUCUACUUCAAGUAUAAUGUCACGGUAUGAAAACUUAUUUUGCUUGGUGGAAGCAUAUAACUAUGUCUGUAAGACUGAUACUCUAGUUAUGCACCAUUUCAUGAUUGCAGCAAGUACUGAAUGAAGCUGGAUAUGUUCCUUCGAAUACUGAAAUGUAUCCUCUUGGAGGCAUUAUCUCUGCCAUUCAGAAUGCUUACCACGAAACUCCAUUGCUGACCUGCUCAAAGGGUGCUCUGGAGGAAGUCCACUUGUGUUUCUACAAGAAUUUCCAGGUCUGGCUCCCUAAAGCUCCUGCUUUUUUGUCCGAGAAGCUAUUGAGAGCUAGUCAUCUCCUUCUUGACUGUUUUCUUGCCAUAGUUGUUUAAACAUAGAUGUCGUUUCUUACUCUUUACUUUUACAGCCGAGGGACUGUGUAGCAUCAUCAACACUGCAAGAUAGCAAGUAUUCGUCUUCGAGUUCUUGCCCAGAAUAUGUUAGCUUGCCAGCAUUUACCUCGUCCAGUAAGUUCUUAUACUGUCUUAUAAUUCGAAUUACAAUCAAUUGCUUGAAAUUUACUUUCAAGCUUGCAUUUGCAUGUAUUCUUUCAGUACAUUUGCCUGCAGUUUAAAUACGACUGCGUACUUGGUUUCUCUACAAGGCUACAGGAAAACCACCUGUUUCCGGUACUCAUAUGCUGGCAUUGCAGUGGCCUUAGCACUGAUUCUGUUGGUGAUUUGUUAAGGCGGCUAUCCGUUACAAGUUUUGUGAAUGCAGCAAGAUUGUUUGAACCCUGAAUUUUUUUCCAGACUUUGUUUUCACUCCAAGGUAUUACAUGCGACUCAACCAAAAAACUAACUGUGCUUCUUUUGAUUUCUCGACUUCAUCUAGGCACCAGCAACUCUAUAUGGAUGCCUGAAGCGGCUGCUCAGUGAGAUCUCCGAGGGCACGUGGUGCUGUAUGCUCUGCCAAUUAAGGGGCAUGCUGCAUUCACCGGCAGUUGACGGGCCUCUUCAAGAUAUCCUCAGUUAAAGCACAUUUUCUCGACACUGAAACGGGGGAUACUGUAAGUUGUAACCUGUUGUAUUUAUGUCCUUUAGCAUAGUCAGAGGAAUGAUUGUUGAUCAGUGGAGCUCAAUCUCUCUUAUUAUCCAAUAAAAUCCCAACAUUGUCCAAUGUGUAAAAACCUUCUCUUCUUUUGUACCAAGACUUACCUAGUUACCUACACAGAAUAUUUGCUACCAGAGAUGACAGCAAACAAUCAGGUGAUGAGAAUCAUAUAGCACAAUUACACACUUCAAAAGUUCAAACCUUGCUUGACGGCUCCAAUGGCAGUGCCAACCAUGCCAGUUUGAGAAGUCACAUAAGAUCAUUGAAGCCCCCUGUACAAGAAAGAUAAAGAUAUAGCAAAUUC